GAUUGGCUGAGCCGGAGGUGACCCCGGCGCGCCCCCGGGAUGGCGGCGGCGGGGCUGAGCCGGGGCCCGCUGUUCCUGCGCUGCCGCUCCUGCGGGGAGUCGCGCCUGGCGCGGCUGCUGCGGGAGAAAUUCCCGCGGGCUUCGGCCAUCAAGGUGGUGGGCAUCUCAGGAGGCUGCGGUGACAUGUAUGAGAUCCACGUGGAGUCGGAGUUGUUCCGGGAGAAGCGCCCGGUGCAGCAGCACAGGAUGGUGACCCAGACGCUGAGCGAGGAGAUCACGCACGUGCACGGCCUGCGCAUCUUCACCUCGGCCCCCAAGGGCUGAGCCUGCCCCGAGCUCCAGGAGGGGCCCAGGGCUGCACUCCUGGGCGUGAACCCCACCCCGUGCUGUGUGCUCAGUCCUGGGGACGGUUGUUGUUAUUAUUAUUAUUAGCCUUGGAGCCCAAAAGGGCCCUUGAAGGAGGGUUUUGGAGCCCACGUUCUCAGAAGGGUCCUUGCAGAGGGCUUUAUUCCCCAGCGGGAAGGGCUGAGGGGAGUGGAGAGACCUGAGGGAAAGGACUGAGGGGAGCAUACAGGGCUGAGGGAACGGGAAGGAAUAAGGGAGAGGACUGAGGGAGCGGGGAGGGCUGAGGGGAGCAGGAGAUUGAGGGAACGGACUGAGGGAGCAGGGAGGGCUGAGGGGAGCAGGAGAUUGAGGGAGUGGGGAGGGCUGAGGGGAGCGCGGCCAGGCCGAGCCGGGCUGCUCUGAGGGAGCCCCACCCGCGCCGCCAAGUCUCGCGAGAGCUGCGGGAAAUGGCGGGAAUUUUGUGAAGGGGGCGUGGCCCUGUAUUGGGCGUUGCUGCACUGCCACGCCCACUCGGGGGCGGGGCAAGAAAUGAGCGCGGGAACCCCAAAAGUGGGAGUGGGACCCCAAAAAAAUGAGCCCAGGCAGACCAGAAGUGGGGCUGAGACCCCCAGGGACCCCUCCCCAUGGGCCUGGGAGCCCCAAAAGUGGGGCUGGCUUAGGGUUAACCCCGACCUCAAACCCAGCCCCAACUGCAGCCCCUUCCUAAACCCACAGCCCUAAACCAAACCCCACCUUUAAGCCUGACCUUACAUUCAGCCCCCAAUUUUUAUUAUUAUUAGCCAUUAAACAAAAUCCAUAAUAAA